AUGAGUGGCAAGUGUAACAAGUGCCACCAGUCUGAGCGUGUGGCGGGCGAUAGCUGGUGUGAGGGUUGCGGGGCCUGGGAGGUGCUGGGCAAGGAACUGGCCAGCAGGUGGUCAGGGCCAGCUGGUCUUAAGACCGUUGCUAACGGCCUGACCCUUGCAGUGACCCGCGAGGUUCGUGCAUUGCGAUCCUUGGGAGCUGGCAUUGGCCGCGCCCCCAGGGAAAGCGGUGCUGAACCGGUCGAGGCCGCUGCAUCGGAACCUGCUGCCAGUGCUAGUGCCCGUGCACCCUCCGGGCUGGCUGCGAAGUCAGCCGCAAAAGCCGCAGCCCGGCCGGCGCAAGAAAGCGAGGAGUACACGUACGAGGAGGAGUCUGAGGAGGAAGACAAAGCCGAGGACGCUGAGAAGGCGCCUGACAAGCGUGAGGACACCAGCCAUCGCUCUGAGAGGGCACGAGCUACCUCACCUUCGCCGUUGAAAAGAAAGGUCAAGGAGGAAGAGCGUAGUGAAGAGAGGCUGAAGAGGAUACAGGAAGAAGAAGAACAGAGACGUGAGAAGAAGGCAGAAAAGAAAAAGAGAAAGGACAGGAGUCCAAGGAAUCCCAGAGAGGGAAGAGAGGAAGCUGCUGAAGAAAGACUUCCAGGAGACGAGAAGAAACACAAGAAAAAGAAGAAGAAAGGCAACAGAGGAGGAAAGAAGCACAAACGGGUGUGGCGUCUGGCUGAGGACCCGUACCGUGUGAUCCAUCGAGGACUGCCCGAGUCUUUGCUGGCCGAAAGGCCCCGCAAAGGUGAGAUGGCAGAGGAAGGUGCUGAAGGAACACCUUACGGACAAUGGCUUUCAGUGGAGGACUCUCCAAUUUGGGAAGGUCUGCAACUGGAACCUGGGGAUGUCGUGGAGUUCACGGCACGUUUGGUGGCAGACCACCUGGGUUCCGGUGCCCACGCAGCAUACCUUAUCAGAGAGUUUUCAAACUACAUGGAUGGCAGCCUACUGUUGAGAGGGCGGUGCUUGGGGUGCAACGACGAGGAAGUUGGCAAAACCCUUACAAACUUGCUGAACCGGCGCCGCCUCCCCCUCCAUUUGUGCUGGCAAGAGCCGUGCGCAUUGGAUCUUGGUGGGGAGGCGGUGCAUGUAGUUCGUGCGAGGUUCUUCAAGCGGGGCACCUUCGAAGCGCCCUAUCUCAAGGCGUGGGGAAGGCAGUUUCUACGAGGCACCGACGAGGAGCAAAAAGAAGCGGAAGGCGGCGGUGGAGAUCCACCUGGAGAAGGCCGGAAGCGUGCAAAACCAGGCAGGAGACCUGGAGGCAAAAAGAAAGAAGAAAAGCCAGGAACUACAAAGAAACGACCAGCUGGGGCACCAGACUUGCGUGGGAAACUCCGCAAGCUGAGAGAAGGCCUGAAGGCAAAGUCGGGUGGUGGAGCCGCAGAGCCCAUUCUGACCACGCUGGCCCUGGUAGAGGCAAAGCAGGAGGAGUCCGAAGAAGUGGAGGAUUCAGAGGAGCGCUUAGAAAGGGCAAAGGCGUUGGUGAAGCUCUUGACUGGAGGAGAAGCCAACAAGACAAAGAGCUCAGGCAGCAAGCGCAGCGGGGACUCCUCCUAUGGAGAGGAGGAGGAGAGCAGCAGCUCGAGCGAGAUGCUGGCACCGCUCCAGAAGCGUUCGAGCCGGCAGCCUGGCGCCGUGCUCAGAAUGCUGGUGGAGCACGCCAAGGCAUCCCUCGACCAGUCUGCCUUGGUGGAAACCACCAAGUCAGGCAAUGUGACGGAGGGGGUGAAGAUGGCAUCUUACUUCAACCUGCUGGUGAGACCAUACCACAGUGCCACCAGCAGGGACAUGCAUCACCUUGCAGUGUGCCUGGACGAGCUGAGGGCCGGGGAGCUGGGAAAACUGGGCGAUUCCCUGGCUUCCCGGUACUUAGCGAUACACACUGCGGUGAACGAAGGUACUUGGAGGUCAGCACAGUACCUGGAACUUCACCCUCUAGAACCCACUCAGGGUGCACCGACAGCCCUCCUCCUCGAAGCCAAGAAACAUGGCAAGCUGGUGAACCGCAGCCAGACUCCAGGAAACGAAGACUGGAGGAGACCCCGAAGCGAGGGGGAGGGAGGCCGAGGAGAUGGAGGCAACAAUACUGGCGGGGGAUGGAACAAGUGGUCCUCAGGAUGGUGGGCCAGUCAGAAGGACAAGCCAGACGGCAAGGACAGCAAGCCCUCCAGCAAGGAGGGGAAGACAGACAAGAUGGGAGUCGCAUCUGCUUUGUCGAAGGUGCUUCCUUUCCUAGAUGCUGGUUCAAGUGCCGUGCAUCGGCCCCUUGGUAAAGGGGUCUUUCCAAUCCGACUUGGACAGUUGGAUAGUACAGUCAGGAUGAUCGAGACGACUUCCUAUGAGAAUGCAAAGUCCGAGCUGUUUGUAAGCCGGCAUUGUAUUGACAGCUGGACUCUGGUGUCCGUGCUGUGCCUUAAUUGGUUGCAUGGUAGCAGAGGCGUGCCGAUGGGCCGCUGGCGCAAGACAGAUGUCUCCGCCGUGGACAAUGUUCGUGCGGCAGUACAGCGUGCCUUGGCUGAGGACACGACAGUGCCGCGCAGUGCCCGCGAGGUGGAAAAAGAACUUAGCUUACGGUUCGUGAGUUACACGGGGGAAGAAGUGCCUAGGAUGGAGCCGCUGAGCCUGGCCCAAAUCACACCUGCACUUCCUCCCCCGGGACAUGGGGGAUCGGUCGAUGUUACUCAGUGGACGAGUGGUAGGACUAGGAGCUUCUUGCUGCACCCUGAUGACUGCGUUGUUGUUGAUGAAGGGCAGCAACUGCCGAGACUUCAAUCCAAAGUUCAUAUAGUAGAAGAGGACCGAAUGAAAGUGGCUGAGCUGCUGGUUGAACGUGGAAUCUGCGCGUGGAUUUCAGAGGAUGAGGUUUUUAGGUAUCGAGGUGAGGCAGUGCUAAGUGGAAUGUUCGGGGUCGCCAAACCUACACUUUUGCCCGAUGGACGACCGCAUCUUAGAGUUAUCAUGAACUUGAUACCUGCAAAUGCCGUGAUGACUCAACUCUCGGGAAUGGUCUCUGAGCUUCCGGGUAUCACUCAAUAUCUUUCAAUGGUGCUGUCUGAGGGUGAAAGAGUACAGUUCUGCCAGAGCGAUAUGACCAGCGCGUUCUAUCUUUUCAGACUUCCAUCUGCGUGGCGUAGGUUCCUCGCGUUUAACUUUUGCGUGAAUGGGUCUCUUAUUCAUCUAAGCCCUGCCAAGAAGUUCUACUUGAGUUGUUCCGUUUUGCCAAUGGGUUGGAGUAGUGCAGUCUCCGUGAUGCAAGAGGUGAGUCAGAAUCUUCUCAGCAGACAUGGGUUGGCACAGGAAAGGUUGAUUUCGAGGACUAGGCCCCUACCGGUUUGGUUGGUAGAGGUUCUUGAGGUCGCAAAGAACACGGUGCGUUCCUGGUUUCAUGUCUACUUGGACAACUUCUUCUCGGGAGAACGGUUGGGACCUGGUGAGAUUGGUGGCGGGGCUGCUGAACUACACUGCGCUGCGGAGGAGGCAUGGGCUCAAGCAGGUGUCAUUUCAUCUGAAAAGAAGCGGGUGGUCAACGCACAGCAGGUGCAGGAGCUUGGGGCGCGCUUUGACGGUUCUACUAAGGUACUGGGGGUGUCUGCGGAGCGAAUGGUGAAACUUCUGCAAACAACAUGCUUGGUUUUGUCGAGAAGAAGGGUGCCCCGUAAGUGGCUUCAGGUGGUUGCUGGCAGGUGGGUACACGUACUUCAGUUCAGACGUGCAGGGAUGAGCAUUGCUCAGGUCAUUUGGAAAUGGAUAGGAGGCAAGUACGUGUCGGCCGAUCAGCAACUUAAAGCCCGGAGGGAGCUCUGCCUUUUGAUGCUGGGAAGCUGCCUUUUCCAUACUUUCUUGGGGGCCGAGGUGAGUGAUGUUGCGACUGCUUCUGACGCUUCAGGUACAGGUGGUGCCGUUGGGAGGUCGGAUGAGCUGUCGGAGGUAGGUAAGGACUUCUGUCGCUCCUUGGGUAGGUCUCCGGUCUUGGGUGUGAAGCUCCCAUACCUCGUGGUUUCUCUUUUCAACGGUAUUGGAGGGGCAUUCCGUGCUUACGAUCUGGUUGGAGUUGAACCUACCGCUCUCAUUGGGUAUGACCUGAGCAAGACAGCCAAUCGUAUAACAGCGAGGAGAUGGCCUCAUGCAGUUCUAGGAGGGGACGUUCGGGAGAUUGACAGGAAGGUAGUUUUUGGGUGGUUGCUUCAAUACCCUCACAUUGAGGAAGUACACCUAUGGGGGGGCUUCCCGUGCGUGGACCUUAGUGCAGUCAAGUUUGGAAGAAGUAACUUGGAUGGGGAGCAAAGUGGCUUGUUCAGUGAAAUCUUGCGGAUUCUGGAGUUGCUUCGACAAGUCUUUGGUCGGCGUUUCAAAAUCAUUUUCUUUGUUGAGAACGUAGCUUCCAUGGACAAGUCUGCAGCGGACCAAAUCAGUGCAGCGUUAGGGGUGAAGCCAUAUCGCGUGCAAUGCUCAGAGGCAGUACCAAUUUCGCGACCGCGAUUCUGCUGGACGAACAGGUCUCUCCCAGCUCUUCCAGGUAUAAAGGUUUUGGAAAAGGAAAAUUAUUUUGAAAUCACUGCCCCAAAUGAGUAUCCCCUGGUAGAACAGUGGAUUCGAGAAGACAGUACCUGGACGCCAGUGGAUCCGAAGACAGUCUUCCCAACAUGCAUGAAAGCCAUUAAGAGGAACAGACCGCCUCCCGCACCGCGGGACUAUCCCGAACUCCAGUUGAUGCUCAACAGCGGUGGGCAAGUGACGACUUCAGGUACCCUCCUGUACAAAUCCCAGUAUGUUCUUUGGUCAAAGAAAGGGUGGAGAUUACUCGAAGGAAGUGAGAGAGAGCUUCUCCACGGCUAUGGAUGGGGUCACACAGAACUAGCACUCUCAGCAAGCGAUAUCAAGAAGAACUAUCAGGACUAUGAGGACGCCAGGUGUAGCUUAGUGGGGGAUAGUUUCUCUAUGUACUCUUUUGUGAUCUUUGCCUGGGGCUCCUGUGCGCGUGCUCUACCGGGGAUGACCUACAAACACUUGUGUAACCGAAUGGGUAUGGCACCAGGGUUCUGUGCACCUCCUGACGCAACGUGCCCUCUGGCAAGAAAACUGGUUUAUGGAAGUACCUCUGCUGAGCCUGUUGCUGUCCAUCAGUUAACAAGGCUAUUGCUAGCAAGGGUGAACCAUACUGGAAGUGAUGUUCGUAUUAGCAGUGGUGCAGUGAUGAAUCCUAAAGCGUACCCACGGCAGAGCGCUUGCUCCGCAUGGUGGUGUUGGCGGCAUGUCUUCAACUGCAGAUGGCAGAAAGCAGAGCACAUCAACCGGUUGGAGCUCCGUAGCAUUCUUUUAGCACUCAGAUGGCGUGUACAGAGAUUAGGCGAAUGUCAUUGCAGGUUCAUACAUUUGACGGACAGCUACGUUAGCAUGUCCAUAGUUUCUAAGGGUAGGUCCAGUAGCACUGCUUUAAUGUCCAUCAUGAGACAGAUUUCGGCGGUGCAACAACGGGCUAGACGUCAUAUUGUGCUCCGUGACGCUGGAAUCUCAAAGAAGACUCAGGAACGCUAUUACAACUCAGUCUCACUGCUUUGCAAGGAUGUUGUUCAGGUGACCUCAAUGGAGGACAUGGACGAACAAAUCUCCGAUUGGAUCGAAGCCCAGUUUCACAAAGGAGCCCCGCUCAAUGUGGUCGCCGAUGCAUUGAGCGGAAUGCACUAUUUCCUGCCCUCUACUCGGCGAAGGCUUCCUGGCAGUUGGAAAUUAUUUGCCAAUUGGCGAAAAAUGGAGGUCCCGUCGAGGGCCCCUCCUCUGCCGGAGGACCUGUUAUGGGCGUUGAUGUCCAAAGCGGUGCAAGCUGGUCAAUUUGACCUGGCUAGCCUGUUAGGACUUGGGUUCCAUUGCUUUCUUCGGACUGGUGAGCUUCUCUCAAUCAGACCAAUGGACUUACUACUGGGAGAACGCAAUGGUAUCGUCAGCUUGCCAGUCAGCAAAGGGCGAACGUGGCAUAACAACAAAGAAUCGGUGACCAUUACAGAACCGGCCCUUCUGGCCCUCCAUGAAUUGGUGCUUUACAAACGUGAAUGUAGGCUUUAUAAGGUUCCAAUUUGGGUGCACACAGGAACCGCCUUCAGGAAGGCCCUAUACGAGUUAUUCAAAUUCUUCGGUGUCGAACAUCUACAGUUUAGAGGAUACUCUCUCAGACGGGGAGGUGCGACGGCAUUUUAUGCCCGCACAGGCAAUAUGGAGCAGACCCUGCUUCGAGGACAGGUCAAGCAGCUGCUUCGCUGCUGGGGCACGUGGAAGGGAGUCCAAAAGUUGUGGGAGCGUCCUGCCAUAUGGACUGCAAAGCUCCAAAUUUGUGACCUUGCCCUGCCAUAUGGGCCAGUGGUCUUGGAUGUUGAAACGGUCUGA